ACUCUUCUCCGACCUCCGCAUGCCCGCUGCCGCCGUUCGAAAAUUUCCCCUUGUUCCUUCAAAAAAAAAAAAUCCCUUGUCGAGGGUUUCUCUCCUCCCCCCAAAUCCCUCCGCGUCGCGAGAUCCUGCUCGCAGAGGAGCUGACGCGAUGCCGCCGAGGAGGAGGCGGCGGGCGCCGCCCGCCAAACCGCAGUCGCAGCCAGAUCCACAGCACCAGGAGCCUCCAGGCGCGGGCGCGCCGUUGGAGGAGCGGCUGGCGUGGGACAGCCACCAAGAAAGUGAGCGCCGGAUUACUGCCAUCAAAGCGAUAAAAGACGCAGAGGCUGGGAACAUACAUUCUCAGUUGCAAUUACUGCGGUCCUAUUUUUCCAAGGAGCAACUAGAGGCAAAUGCCUUGGAAUAUUUUAAGGAGAACUUGACCAAUUUAUCUGUUGUCCCUAAUGAAAAAUGUGAUGUGCUUGAGUUGAAAUGGAAUGAUGGCGACAAAUGCAUACUUGGAGACUUUAUAGAUGACAAGAUUCUGCAAGCCUCGAUUGCAUCAUUGCCAACUGCUGGCGGCCUUCAAUUCCCAGGGAAUUCAGUUGGGAAGGACUUCUACAGGCGCAUUAGCAGUUUCAGCGACUUUGGUUGGAAUGAAAUACCUGAAGGGCAAAUGGCAGGAACAUCAGAUGCUUUUCAGACACCUGGGGCUGCGAGUAACCGGCUGUCCUUCGGCAUGACACCCAAAACCGUAAGGUUACCCAAGAAUGGCGAGAUGCUCUUAUCUGUGCAUGGUUCACCUCUUGGGGUCUACAAAGAAGAAAAUCUAGCAGCUAUUCAGGAAUCUGGUAAUGGAGAUGGAGAUGGAGAUGCUCCCUGUUGAUGCACUAGAUGUACCAGGUGUUGCCAGCCAUUGAGUUCUUGACAAUAACAGUAGGCCUUGCUGAUCAAGAUCCUGAUACCUGUUCUAUGUUAACAAAUUGGUGUGGCUAGUCAAUGGUAUGGCGCUCAUAUCUUAAGGACUGAAGCUGACAACCAGCAUUGAAGUAUCUCUAAUCUCUUGGUUACUAGGUCUUAGAGCAUGUAGUGGAUAACCAAUGGCAGUAAUAACUGAUAGACUGAUUGGUGCCUCUCUACUAAAUGUACCCUGAAUUCAGUGUAUUUAGGCCACUCUGUAAUUUUGAAUUUGAUGAACCCCUGUUGUAGGAUGCCGACUUUCUUUCAGCAGAAAUUGCGCUUUCAGCUGU